CCUUACUUUACUUUUCCACCGUCGCAUCCUAUGCAACGCGCCACACUCCAUCGUUAACAUUGCUUACUUUAUGAGUUGUCAUUGCAGCGAGUGAAGGAAAGAGCGUGGCAGAACUCAAUUAUUCGAGAUUUGUUAACUUGAUCCACACGUCGGAUACUUAGCUUUUUUUUAUGUUCGUACUCGCGGGGAAUGCGCGUCCUGUGAAGUAUAAAUGCCAUCUCACUCUUCCACUUCCAACUCAUCCAAUCCAUCUCAUCUAUCUCAAAAACUUGCAUACUUACUACACACAAGUGUUCUGAUCAGUUUCAUUAGUUUGUUCAUUUUCGUUAUAAGUAAGUGAUCCACCAUCAUGGCAGAGGAGAACCAGAACAAGUAUGAGAGUGGUACCACUGAGGUGGAGACCCAGGACAGGGGUGUCUUUGAUUUUCUUGGUAAGAAGAAGGAGGAAGAGAAGCCUCAAGAGGAGGUGAUAGUCACCGAGUUUGAGAAGGUCAAAGUGUCUGAGGAACCUGAGAAGAAGAAAGAAGAGGUUGAUCAUGAAGGAGAGAAGAAGCACAGCACCCUCUUGGAGAAGCUUCACCGAUCUGACAGCAGCUCUAGCUCUUCAAGCGAUGAGGAAGAAGGAAAAGAGGGAGAGGAGAAGAAGAAAAAGAAGAAGAAGGAAAAGAAAGAGGUGAAGAGUACAGAUGAGAACACGAGUGUUCCGGUUGAGGUUGAUCCUGCACACGCUGAGGAAAAGAAGGGGUUCCUUGACAAAAUCAAGGAGAAGCUACCAGGGCAUGGUAAGAAGACUACAGAGGAAGCCACCACUUCUCCACCACCACCACCACCAUCUGUUUCAGAGACGACAAGUACUCCUCAUGAAGGAGCUGAGAAGAAAGGUAUCUUAGAGAAGAUCAAAGAGAAGAUUCCAGGAUAUCAUCCAAAGACUGAGGAGGAAGGCACCAAGGAUAAGGAGAAUGCUGCUCAUUGAGUGAUGAAUGAUUUGCUAUUGCUGAUGGUGCUUGUGGGGUGACUGCACCUGCUUGUGGUUUUCUUUGUGUUUAUUGAUGCAUACUUUGUGUGUACUUAAGAAAUUUAAUUUGUCUGGCUUUCAGUUUUUCAUUUCUUUUGGAUAAAUUUGUUUUGAAGCAAAAUGAAAAAAUUAUAAUAAAAAGACGUGUUAAAUAGAUUUCUUCCCCAGGUUUGCAUGUCAAUAAAAAUAAAUUAAAAAUUUGUUACUUUAUUAGAA